CGUACGGUGCUAAUUGGCGUUCCUUUCCAGAGUGGUGCCAUCUCCGUCGACGACUUCCAGCUGGCGGUUCAGGAGGCGACCAACUUUCCGCUCCGCACCAACGUGGUCCCGUUCCUCAAGUCGCACGUUCCGGUCCUGCAGCGCGAGAUCAACAUCCUGGCGCGGUCGAACAAACAGACUUCCUCACAGUAUGUCCGGUCGAACGAAAGCAGCGUCAUGGAGUACGUCCAGAACUUGGCCGAAACGGCCGAAAUAUUUCUGCCCCACGAGGGUCCCUUUUCGUCCUCGGUAACGGCUGCAGCGGCGGCCGCAGCAGCAGCCGCUGCCGCCGUCGCCAGCGGUGCUGCGUCCGGAGGUGGUGCCGGCUCCGGAUCCUCCAUCAACGGGCUGGGACUGAAACGACGAGCUUCUGAUAACUUAUACGACACACAUCCGGCCGGACCGCCCGAGUGGAGUGACUACGUGCUGCCACCGUCGAAGCGACCACAUCCUUCGCUGCUGCUGGCGUCCGGGGCGUCGCAGCUCUACCCGACCCAUCCGGCCCUGUUCGAGUACCAGAACGGUGGGCUACAUCCACAUUCCGAUGGAUUGCAUUCCAUUCACCGUGACGAUCUGCGAGCCGCCUCCACCGAUGGUCAUCGGCCACCCAGAAUUCCUCCCGGCGGUAGCAGUGCUGGUGCCGUUGGUGGAGGCGCUGGUAGCACCGCUGGUAACGGAAGCCUAACCGGAAGCUCGACCAGCGGGGCCAGUGGCGAAGAGGAGUGGAAAAAUAUUCACACCAUGCUGACGUGCAUCUCGGCGAUGGUCGAGAAGACGAAGCGCGCCAUCGCGAUCCUGCAGCAGCGUGGCAUCGACAACAGUCACGCCCGCGAUCACCAGGACAACAGCUCGAUCGCCGACAUCAAGCGGCAGACGGAGGAGAAGAUAUCCGAGUUCCGGCGCAGCGCCGAGGAGUCCGUCAACCAGGUCAAACGGCAAGCCGUGAUGGAGAUCCAGCGCGCCGUGGCUGCGGCCGAAGCCCGCACCCUGGAGAUGAUCGCCCAGGAACGGCUGAAGAUGGAGAAAAUGCUCACCGAUCUGCACCGUGGCAGCAACGACGAUGCGGAACCGUCGAUCACGAGCGGUAGUCAAAAUGCCUGCUGGAACUGCGGACGGAAGGCAAACGAA